AUGUUUUCAAUUGCGAGAUAUACUGGAGAGGAAGAUCAAGAAAAAGAUAGCCGCUCACUAGAGAAAAAGCAAGAAAGAUUGAACAAACUCAAUGCCCGCAUUAGCAGUAAAAAGCGAAAAGAGGUCGAUCCGUCAGAUGCAUCCGAUACGACAGCCGAGAAGACCAAGGCAGACGCUGUAGAACACGAAAAAAAGAAGCCUCAUGCACCAAUAGCUAAGAAGACCAAGACACAGCCCACUGAGGAGAAAGAAAAAAAGACGACACAAGUUGAAGAAGAAGAAGAAGAAGAAGAAGCAGAAGAGGAUGAGGAGGAGAAGGAGGAGGAGGAGGAGCAAGAGCAAGAGCAAGAGGAAACAGAGUCGAUGGAAGUGGAUUCAGUAAUUCAAGAGAAAGACGUGCCUACAUUAGAAGCAUUUCCCGAUAUGCUUGGACCCAAGAGCAAACACAGCAAAGAAGAAGUCAAGCUACUCAAGAGUAUGGGUAUUCCUGAAUGGUUAUUACAGCCUACAGUUGUUUCGCCCAAGGAUUCAUGUGGUUUGGACAAGGCAGGACUUUCAUCUCACUUGAUUGAGCGAUGCCAAGAUGUUGGAUUAUCUUCCCUGUUUGCAGUGCAAAUGGCCGUCAUUCCUGUAUUUCUUAGACGACAAGCAUUAUACGAUACCAGACGAGUACCCGGCGAUCUUUGUAUUUCAGCCCCUACAGGUAGCGGGAAAACAUUAGCCUACGUGCUGCCUAUAGUCGAUAUCCUGUCAAAACGAGUGGUGACGAGACUCAGAGCUGUGGUGGUAUUACCCACCCGAGAUUUAGUCACACAAGUCAAGGAGACAUUUGAUGCCUUUGUCAAGGGAACCAACCUCGUUGUAGCAGCUGCCAGUGGUCAGCAGUCAUUUGCACAUGAGCAAAGUGCGCUUGUGGGAAGUACUGGAUCAGAGUACCCAGGUGGUAAAUCUAGAGUCGAUAUUCUCAUCACCACACCAGGCCGUCUCAUGGAUCAUUUGACAUCAACACCCAACUUUACACUGCAGCAUUUACGUUUCUUGGUCAUUGAUGAAGCAGAUCGGUUACUGAAUCAGAGCUACAACGAUUGGCUGAACCAAAUUUUACAUGCCACUCGACCAGAACAAAAACCUCAUGCCGCUCCACUUGAUUUCAAAUACGACCCUCAAGGCGUGAUUGAAGCAGAUGCGAUUGCACCGAGCUUUCUCAAAUCAUUUUAUGCGCUACCCACUACGGAUCUUGAUUUACCAAAAGCACCCUCCAUACAAAAACUGCUCUUUUCUGCGACAUUGACCAAAAAUCCCGCCAAAAUCGCUGGAUUGCAUUUGAACGAGCCUGAAUACAUCUCGGUACAAAAUGAAGAUGGCAGCGAAGCCAAGCAAGAAUUCACCACACCAGAGGGACUCAAGGAAUUCAUGACUAUUUGUCCUACAGACAAGAAGCCUUUGAUGGUGAUUUAUCUGUUGCAUCAAAUGGGCAUCAAAUCAGGUUUAUGUUUUACCAAGUCGGUCGAGUCCACUCAACGUCUGUUCACCUUGAUUGAAGCAUACGAGUCCACACAACCCGAGGAGAAACGCAUUCGAGUGAAAGAAUAUUCCAGUGAUUUGAAUCCAGUGCAGAGAAAGCAAAUGCUGAAACAGUUCAAACAAGGAAACAUUGAUUUACUUAUUUGCUCUGACUUGAUUGGUCGUGGUAUUGAUUUGGAUUCUGUUGAAUUUGUGAUUUCGUAUGAUGUACCUUAUUACAUGGACAAAUACAUUCAUCGAGUGGGUCGUACAGCUCGAGCAGGCAGACAAGGUGAAGCCUAUACGCUGGUGGAGAUGCAGGAGGCUCGGCACUUUAAGGAAAUAUUGCGUCAUGCUGGACAUUUGAACCAAAUCAAGACACUCAAAAUUGAGAAAGACAAACUCAAAGAAUUGGUGCCUGAUUAUGAAAAGGCAAUGUCCAAGAUUACGGAAUAA